AUCAUUACAUACACAUUCGAUCAAUACUCAAGAAUAUAAAAAUGGCGAACUUCUCUGGUUCACACCUUCUCCUCUUCUCCUUCAUCAUCGCAACAGGGACACUAUCCGUUGUCUCCGGCACGGUCUUCACCAUUGUGAACAGCUGCAGUUUCAACGUCUGGCCAGGUGUCCUCACCGGAAACGGUGCACAACUCAACGACGGCGGCUUUCUCUUAACCCCUGGAGCUUCCGUCGAUUUAACCGCACCCGCGGGAUGGUCGGGCCGAAUAUGGGGCCGAACGGGCUGCAACUUCGACGGCUCGGGCGCUGGAAGAUGCGUCACGGGAGACUGCGGCAACAAACUAAAAUGCGCAGGCGCAGGAGGAGCUACACCGGUCACACUCGCCGAGUUCACAAUCGGCACUAACGGCGGGCAGGACUUCUACGACGUAAGCCUCGUCGACGGCUACAACGUGCAGAUGGGAAUCACGACGCGAGACGGCUCAGGCGAUUGCCAAAACGUUGGAUGCGUUUCGGACCUGAACGGGAGCUGUCCUAACGAACUACGCGUUAUGGACGGGGGGAACGUUGUGGCGUGUAAGAGCGCUUGCGCGGCGUUUAACAAACCGGAAUAUUGUUGCACCGGUGCGUUUGAUAAGCCGGAGACUUGUCCUCCGACGGAUUUCUCGAGGAUAUUUAAAGCGGCUUGCCCUAAAGCGUAUAGCUACGCAUACGACGACGCUUCGAGUACUUUUACUUGCACCAAUGCUAAUUACUCCGUCGUUUUCUGUCCCAAAUAGAUACAUCAUACAUGCAUACAUUAUUAUCAUUAUCACACUAUCAUAAUCAUCAAGUACUACAGCGGAUGUAAUAAGAGCUUUUGCGGAAUGAGAUAAAUUCCGUAGCUGACAUUAUAGUGAAUAAUAAAGAUACAGAA